CUUAUGUUUUGCAAACAAACAAAUAAAGACGUUUAAAUAAAUAAAUAUCAGCGCCUGUCUAGGAAUUUCGUGAAGGUUUAAGGUAGAAUCGGAUGGCUAAUUUGUUAGCUAGCUUGUUAGCAUUGUAGGGUUUGAACUUCCGGUGUAACAUUUAAAAAACUCGGGCCGUUUGAUUCAGACACCAAACUGACACCUGGAUCUCACGGUUACUGUAUUUAUCAGCUGGAACAGAGCUGAUAAAAAAGCUAACUUCAUGCUCAAUAGCUAAGGAACCCUUAGCAUCUCCUGAACUGUAAUGAAACACCAGAACUUUCCCAAAUCUACAAAAACUAAAUUUCAAGAUCCAAACCCGGACAAUGGCGAACACCGAAUAGCUGCAGCUGUCAAGAAACAUCAUCCAGUGUGUGAGCCUGUUCUCAAGAAGCCCUUAGCUGGGCGCAUUUUUUAUUUGGAUCUGCCGUGUAAUAAACGCAGCCAGGCUUUGGAAACCGAUAUCAAGAGCCUUGGAGGAACAGUGGAAAAGUUCUUCAGUAAAGAGAUUCGAUACUUGGUGUCCAGCAAACCCGAAGCUCGGCAUGUACAGCGGCUCGUUCACGACUCCCCGGUGCCGAGUCCAGACUCGGGCCUCAGCUCUCCUCAUCCUGGCAGCAGGAGGGAUAGUCACAGCCAUCGAGGCAGUUCACAGGGACCUGCUGACACCGUGGUCGUAAGCCGUGGGAAAUCCUUAGUGGAGAAAGUCGUUAAGGAGAAAGAGCGGUUUCAGCUAAACAGAAUUUUGGCCAAUGCACUUGAAUGGGGUGUAAAAAUCCUCUAUGUUGAUGAUGUCAUUUCUUAUGUUGAAAAGAAAAGGAGCACGAUUGCCAAAGUCAGAGCAGCAAGUCAACCUGCGAAGAAAGCUGCCAAACCCGAGUCCACAGAUGGGACAGCUUGUCAGAAAAACAAAUCUGGACGAAUCAGCCGCCCCUUCGUUAAAGUUGAGGACUCCAGCAGACACUACCGUCCCCUCUAUCUCCCCAUGGCCAACCUGCCCGUGUGUAAUCUCAGAUCUACUGCCCCCUGCAGUCCGUUCUUAGAGGAAAACGAUAAAGUUGACCCUGGGAAAAAGAGUAAAAUGUGCGGGUCUGGAGGAGAUCGACGGGAGAAGAGCAGGAAAGACCGACACCGAGGCCACGAGGGCAAGGCCCGAAGGAAAGGGGGCUACUGCGAAUGCUGCAUCGUCAAAUACGACAACCUGAACAACCACCUGCAAAGUGCACAGCAUCAGGCUUUCUCUAGAAGUGAGGAGUACCUGAUAGUGGACCAGGUUUUCUCAGGACUCACCUGUGAUUUUGUACACAUCAGCCCCCAAGUAAAAAGGGCGAAGUGUAGCGUCACCUCACCGCUCGUUGUCCCUGGACCAAUUGUAAGGAAGGUUGGAGAAAUGGUUGAAGUGGAGGCUGUGAGCGACGAGACCCCGCUCUGGGGUUCUCACAACACGGAUCGAUCAAUCCGCAAGCGCUCCAGAGAGCUCUCCCAAAGUCCUAAAGGAGAACUGACAGGACAACACGACACUUUUCAGAAAUCCGAUUCGAAGCGUGGAUCAUUUGAGUGCGAAUCCAGUUCUAAUGCUGCUUUACAGAAGGCUUUGCAUACACCGUUGUGUAAAACCAGACAAGACUGUCUUUCUGAGUGUCUGGAGACGAUUAGGACGCCAUUACAUACUCGUUUAGAAAGGACUUCACAAAGCACACGGCAUGUUCGACUUUCAGAUCCUGCCGGUUUCAGGACGACCCCAAUUUCAUUAGGUGCAGGGACCAGUCACGCGCUAUCUGAGCCAUCUACAGUGUCUCAAUUUCAGACUGCACCAAAGUUACUUUUCGAUAUUACAGAUUGUACAACCGAGAGACCUUUCUGUAAAUCAGGCAAAGCACCUGACAUUACUCAUUGUGAAUUUAUCACAGAGGAAAUGUUGUCUUCCAGCAGACACACUCCAUCUGGAGUCUUGCAAAGAAAAGUGCGGAUGUUGAGGCGGAGGCGAACUGCACCAUCGGAGCCCCUGUGUGACACUUAUGGUAAACCUGUAGAAUCCCAGACACUUGGUUGUCUCAGAAACGUUCCUGACUCUAACAGACUGUCAGCGUCUGCUCUGGACUUAUUGCAGCUUUUUCAUUCUAGUGACGAAAAGGAGGAGGAUUUUAAGGGUUUCAACAAUUAAUUGAAAAAGGACGUUAAAUAUGACAUGAAAAGUGUGUGUGUGUGUGUGCUGUACCAAAUGAGCAAAUAUUUUCUGUACAUCUCUGAGAGAUUCAUUUGUUCAUAAUUAAAAAUUACUGUCGAAGUGG